GCAUUUUUUUCAUUCGUGAGCCGGUCAAGAUGGCGGCGGUACUGCCGAGACUGAGCAGCCGCUCGGCUUAAUCGAUCAUUUUCUCUAAAUCACCGGGGCAGAUCGGAUCCAAAUCGACCAAAUCUUGCGGCGCAACUUUGUGAAAUCACCCCCACCCUGCGAUAUUCAACCUUUACUGGGGAGAAUGGGAGAAAAGCUGGAGUUAAAACUGAAGUCGCCGGUCGGAGCCGAAGCUGCAGGCUACCCGUGGCCCUUGCCUGUAUAUGAUAAACAUCAUGAUGCUGCACAUGAAAUCAUCGAGACCAUACGCUGGGUGUGUGAAGAGAUCCCAGAUCUCAAACUCGCCAUGGAGAACUACGUACUUAUCGACUACGACACCAAGAGCUUUGAGAGUAUGCAGAGACUGUGUGAUAAGUACAACAGAGCCAUUGACAGCAUUCACCAACUGUGGAAAGGGACCACCCAACCCAUGAAACUGAACAAGCGGCCUUCUAACGGCCUGCUGCGUCACAUCCUGCAGCAGGUGUACAACCACUCCGUCACCGACCCGGAGAAACUCAACAACUACGAGCCAUUCUCUCCCGAGGUGUACGGAGAGACCUCCUUCGACCUUGUGGCCCAGAUCAUUGACGAGAUGGAGAUGAUGGAAGACGACACCUUUGUGGAUUUGGGCUCUGGGGUUGGUCAGGUAGUCCUGCAGGUCGCUGCAGCCACCAACUGUAAACACUACUUUGGCGUGGAGAAAGCAGACACUCCAGCAACCUAUGCAGAGUCAAUGGAUAAAGAAUUUAAGAGGUGGAUGAAGUGGUAUGGCAAAAAACAUGGCGAGUACACGUUGGAAAGGGGAGAUUUCCUGUCAGAAGAAUGGAAGGAACGAAUAGCCAGCACAAGUGUUAUUUUUGUGAAUAACUUUGCCUUUGGUCCUGAGGUGGACCACCAGCUGAAGGAACGAUUCGCCAACAUGAAGGAAGGUGGAAAAAUUGUAUCCUCAAAACCUUUUGCACCUCUUAACUUCAGAAUAAACAGCCGAAACUUAAGUGAUAUUGGCACAAUAAUGAGAGUAGUUGAACUGUCCCCUCUGAGGGGAUCGGUGUCGUGGACGGGGAAGCCAGUGUCGUACUAUCUGCAUACAAUAGACCGCACCAUACUUGAAAACUAUUUUUCUAGUCUCAAAAAUCCUAAACUCAGGGAGGAGCAGGAGGCAACCAGAAGGCGGCAGCAGAAGGACAGUAAGGAGAAUAAGAGCAACACCACCACCCCGACCAAGCCCAAGGAGCACAAGACGCAGCAUGAUUCGGGUGGUGAGGAGGUCCGCUCGAACUCACAUGUGCCAGUGAAGCCUUCGCCCAAACCCCGCCGGGCCAAACUGCUGUCCAGGGGCCGCAAGCUCAGCAACAGGAAGCGCGGACGGCCUAAGAAGGCUGCCGCUACCACCGCGGCCGAGCGCAAGAGCAAGAAGAGCCAGAGCGCCCUCGAUCUGCUUCAUGCCAAGACCCUCUCAGCGGCCCCCCCUCAGGAUCCUCAGAGUCCGUUCUAUCAGCUACCUCCCAAAGUGCAGCAUUAUACAUCAAGUCAGCUUCUCUUGGGCCCCACUCCACCAGGCCUGCAGGCUCUUCUUGAUAACGUGAAAGUCCAGUACCUGCAGUUCAUGGCCUACAUGAAGACACCACAGUACCGCACCAACCUGCAGCAAGCUCUUGAGCAGGAAAAGCUGAGGCACACAGAACUAUCCGGUCAAGCCCAACAGCUGCUCAAUGCUUGUAAUAGCCACAAGGAGAGGAUCAGAGACCUUUUCCAGUCUAAACUGGAGGAACUGGGCGUGAAGGCGGUAACCGUGGAGGACCUGGUACAAGCUCAGAAGGAGAUCACAGCCCACAACAUGCAGCUGAGGGAACAGACCAAACAGCUGGAGAGGGAUAUGGCAGAGCUCCGCGAUCAGAGCCUGGUGCUGCUGAAGGCUCGAUGUGAGGAGCUCAAGUUAGACUGGGGGUCUCUGUGUUUGGAGACUCUGUUAAAAGAGAAAGCCGCAUUACGAAGACAAAUCUCAGAGAAACAGCGCCACUGUCUGGAGCUCCAGAUCAGCAUUGUUGAACUAGAGAAGAGCCAGAGGCAGCAAGAGCUCCUGCAGCUCAAGUCAUCCUACAGCCCGUGUGAGGUGUCCCCCUACCGAAAGGCCCUCCCUGGCCCAGAUACCCGGCUCACGCUGGAUUCCGACACCCCCAGACUUACCCCACAAGCUUCUGCAGGACUCAACGGCCUCAGUCCCGAGCUAUCCAUCAAUGGCACGUCCUCGCCAGGUUAUGAGAGAGGCGGUGGAAGUGGAAUGGGGAAAAAUGAGCUCCUCACCCGCUACCUGCCCAUUUCCCCUGACCAUGAAAUUGUGCCACCCACCCCAGACUCGAGAACCAGGCAGCUAGGGCAACCCCAGCCCGACUACACCCGCUUUUCUCCAGCCAAGAUCGCACUCCGUAGGCACCUCAAUCAAGAUUCAGCUGCCAAUCAAUUUAGAGCCCUUGGCAACAUCCACCGGGGCGACAUUGUUGCGGUUUCAUCUCCAACUCUGGGAUUAAAACAGGCUUGCUCUUCACCCAAUUCAUCUGAUAUUCAAACGACCACCACACCCAAGAACACAGAUAGGGCCGAUAAGGAAAAGAGCCCGGCUGCUCCCGGCGACACUAUAACCAGUCUACCAAUAAGCAUCCCCCUCAGCACUGUGCAUCCCAGUAAACUUCCUGUCAGUAUCCCGCUAGCCAGUGUGGUGCUGCCGAACCGUGCAGAAAGACUGAGGAGCACUCCUAGUCCAGUUUCAAAUCCAGCUGGACAGAGCAAUGGCAAGGCACCUCUCACGCCUACCUCAGGGUACUCCUCCAGCUCAGGAUUGGCUAAUGGCUGUCACUCUGCCAUGCUGACCGAGGACCAAGACUGUGACACCGCAUCCCCUCCCCCUCACAGCACACCUAUCAUGGGGCUUCAGUCCCGCGGCUCUGGCCUCAGUCCUCCACUGGGCACCGGAGGUGUGCUGCAGUAUGCCGAUGGCCCACCAAGGCUUCCCCCCGAGGACGGCCAUGACCGCCAGGGCCACGAAUCCGACACAGAGCCCUUGGACAGCGAGGCUCGUCGUCGUAUCUUUUUCUCCUCGUCCUCUUCCUCCUCGUCGUCUUCAUCCUCCACUGGAGGCUCGAGGCUGCACCAUGGGUCGGUAAAGCAGGGUCACCAUCAUCACAAUAAACACCACCAUCACCACCACCAUAAUCAUCACUCUCCAAGUUCUCAUAGCCACGAGGGGCGGAAGCGUGGCCGGCGGAAGCGCAGCUCCUCUGGGGUCAUGCCCAUAAGCGGCUCCCCCAAAAGAAGGGCGUUUCCUGGUCUGGGCUGCCCAAGCCAUUCCUCUGGAUCGCCGCUUAAUAUCAAUUCUAUGGUGAACAACAUAAACCAGCCUUUGGAGAUCUCCGCCAUCUCUUCCCCGGAGCAAUCAGGCCGAAGCCCAUGCGGGCCAGAUCUAGAUCAGCCUCCCGUGCUCAAAAGAGAGCGUCCCCUGGAGCUCAACACAGAUCGCUAUUCCUCCACCCCUAGUUCGGACGAAGAGGGCACCAAUUACGCUCCAGACACUUCUAGUUCAAGCCGAAUCGAACGGAAAAUUGCCACAAUUUCCUUAGACCGAGAUGGACCUAUGAGAGAUGUGGAAAGGGGCUCGCAGGGACGUAAAUCCGGUGCCAGCAGCGUGAGCAGUGAGGUGUCCUCUUCCUCCGGAGCCAGCAAGUGGAAAUCCACCUUCUCCCCAAUCUCUGACACCAAGCCAACUCCUUCGGACCUCCGCCAAGGUGGUUCGCCGUUCGGCAUGGGGACAUCCCGAGGGAGCACGGACUCUGACUCAGACCAGAAACCACAGAGGAGAGGGGAACGUGAACGUGAGCCUUACGGGAACUCAAACCUCUUCCUCAGUCAGGAUGGUGGCGGUCGCUCGGUCGUCAACACGGAGCGCCCGCUGCAGAAACAGAAAGUGCGGGAGUGGGACCUGAAAUCCGUAAGUGGAUUGGCCAGCCAGAACCUCUUUAUAUCUGCCGCGGCCAGUGGCGGUAUCCUGAGUGGGAAAGUGGGCGGGACCACUACUGUUUCGUCUGCAUCCUCAGUGGGACAGUACUUUCCCCUGGGUGGGGCUUCAGUUCUGCAGUCCUUAUUUGGAGCGCAGACGCCCGGACCAGCCACCAGCGGAGCCCCCCGGUUGGUCAACGGACAUUCGGCGCUUGGCAGUUUCUCCAGCGCCGGGCUGGCAGGGGGCGCUGCAGGAGGGAUUUUUCACCAUAUGGUGCCUUCAGUCUCCUCACAGCAGUCUGGGGCCAAUGUGCCGGGCCCCGGGGCCCUCAGUUCCCAGCAGAGGCAUCUGGACACAAACCCCAAACCAGGGGCCUCGUUCUUGGCCUCUGGCCCCUCGCAGCAUAGCCGCACACAGACAGUCCUGCACACGCCCACCCAAGCCCUUCCUCCGCCCCCUCCCCUUCUGAACACGUCCUCUGCUGUCCCUCCCCAACCUUCCUCCCCGCGUUCCUCAAGGCCGCAGUCGUCCCUCCCCGCCUCCACCUCCUCCCCAUCUCUGGCCACCUCAUCCGCUUCAGUCACCACCUCUGCUUCCUCCCGGCCCUUCACUGUGCACUAUCCCCCGCAUCUGCCGCCUCCGCACCCCCCCGGCAGCACUGGUUCAGGCGGGGCUGGGGUCUCCUGGAGGACUCUGGGUCUGCAGGCUUCCUACACAGCCUCGCAGAUCCCCGGCAAUCGCCCCAGAUAGGACACGUCCGGGGUGGGGGAGGGGGGGUUGAAAUUGAAAGACGCUAACUAGACGGAUACAGGGAAGCUACUGCAUUCUGCAAGCUAUGUUAUUUUGAGUCUGAACAAGGUAACUGAAGAAAUCUACCUCAACCCAACAUAACCUAUGCAAUGGACAGGUGUGGACCAAUGGGCUCGACUCGCUCACCGGUGCUCGAACAUUUUCUAAAGCCGCCACUGUAAAAAAAAAAACUGGCAUGGGUAUCAGAACUUAUCACAGGUGCAGCUUCACACACACACACACACACACAUACACACACACGCCCCCUAAAUCAAUGACAAUGGGCCCUACACAAAAAAUUACUUGUGAAUCUCUAUAACCUUGCUGCUGUUAUCAAUGAAAAGAAAUGUGGCUUUUAUGAAUGAUAAAAUCGUAUUCGGGUGGACUCCAUGAAGCCUUUAAAGCCUGAGCUUGUGCUAAAAUCACUAUUUUAGAAGUUUUAGUCACUUUUUUUGACCAAUAAUUGUUCUGUAGCAUAAUAUCAUCUUUGUAUUGGGUAUUUUAAUCUCUUCGUUUUCCACACAAGGUAAAUAAUAGGAAUCCACAAGCUCCGACUGUAAAAGAGUGAAUCUCCAAGUUAUAUUUUACCCCAAAAAGAAGAAAAUGUAUAGAACCACAAAAAAAAAAAAAAUGUCUUGUUUAUUUCUUAAUAAAUUCUUAGCAAAUCACAUGAUAUUAAAAGUUUAAAUAAAUAUUUAAAUAAUAAUAGAAUAUGAAACUAAAUAUAUUUUGCGUGACAUUUGUUUGCAUCACAGUUUUGUCAUUAAAAUAGACCCUACAAAAAAUACUUCAAUUUCAAAUUCUUCUUAUUACUAUUUUCUUUUUGGUUUUUUGGGGUAUAAUAUGACCCUCUUGAUAGGCUUCAUGAGAUACACUGAUAAUAAAAUAAUUGAAUUAUUUUUACACUGGAUCAUAAUUUACCUGUGGAUCUAUUAACGACGUAUUAUGGCUGCAUGUCAUUUUUUUAAUUCUAAAAUUUGGAAGCUUUUAUUAAUCAAAGGGGCGGGGGGGGGGGGACUUUAAUUUUACACACAUAUAAAAUAAAUCGUAAACAAUUAAAACGAGAUUGAAACGCAAUCUGCCGGGAGAGAAGCCGUUAGAGCCACAGAAUGAGCGAAUGCCUGUAAGGAUCUUAUUGAAUCACUACGUUAACCGUUUGGUUUAGGGCCCUGUCGUAACACACAAGCUUCCACGUUCUUGACAGUUACUGCUGAACUUUUAAUACAGUGCACAUAUUUUGUUCAAUCUGGGCGCGGCGUCUUACACGGUACAGGCUUAUUCAGGUGAAUCUGGUGCUGAACCGUUUUCUUGACAGAUUUCGUAGGCGUUUUCUUUCGGAUUGCGAAAUCCGACGUUGUCGUGGUGCUCUCCGCAAUCUGGAAAACCAGCACACACUCGUACAUGCAUACAAACAGACACUCACACACUGAUUAAAAGAUGUACACACACUGGGAAAAUACAAGAUCACAAAACGACAACAAAACUACUGGGGAACUUCAACUCAUCCUUUUUGUUUUUCUUUGUGUAUUUUUGUUUUUCUUGUACUGUGAAUGGUAGUCUCUCUCAGACUGUAUAAUUGUGUAUAUAAUUUGGGUUAUUUAUCAUUUUAAUUUAGUCUUUUUUGUUAUUUUUUGGUGUGUGAUUGCUCUUUUUUGUUACAGAGCAGAGCACAACAUGUGCAAAGUGUGUAUGUACUUGACUCGCAGUCUAAAAAGACAUGGUGCUACAAUCUGUACAACUUUAGACUGCUUAUUUAUAUUAAGAUCAUCAACAAAGAAAAAGAAAUGAAUAAAGAUUUUGGUGGUGCUUUUAACACAGGGAUGUUUUGAAGCCUUGCGGCAUUUAUUUUUCCUAUAUUUAUAAUGUAAUCGUAUUAUUUGGCGCCCAGCACGAAGAAACACUUGGAUCAGUGCCGUUUUUCUAUAGAAGAAACACCUUUUCGUCUUAAUUUACCUUAAAGAAGCAUGAAAAAAGUACAUUGCAGAACUUUAUAGGAUGAUUUUUUUUUUUUUUUUUUUUCAAAAUGUAUUUACUUCAAUGGUGCUCCAACGUCGACCUGUGUGACAGGUAGUGAAUGCUUUGAAUAAUACAUUUGGCAAACUGGUGCCAACUGGCAUUUAGUUCCUUAAGAUUUUACUUUCUCGUUAGGAUAAAGUGUGCUAAGCCUAUUUGCCUACCGUCUUGGCCCGUGCGGCUUGGUGCUGUUUCUUAAAAUCGUUGUUUUCUUCGCAAUAUAACACAAACCGCUUCAUCUUACACAAACUUGGCGCGGCCGUUCACAUGGAUGUCAGACCAAUUAUGCCCAUACAAUCCACUAUCAAAGCCUGUCUUAGAGUGCAUUGCGUUGUGUAUCCUAGAGUUUGAGCCUAUUACGUAUCGUGGUGAUGUGAAGUUGUUCUGAUGUGACCGGUUGUAGAGAUCGCUAGUGUUUUUGUCAGUGGGCUUGUACUAGUGGUCGACCGAUAUGGGUUUUCCAAUGACUUUUGGAAUAAUUACUAGCAUAUCUAGAGAAUAGACUUGCCAGUAGCAUAUUUAAUGGAUUAUAUUAAAUAUUUGGAGAAUUCAUACAUUCUGUUGUCAUUCCAAACCUCUAGGACUUAAUUUCUUCUGCAGAACACACAAAAAAAAGAAAACCAGUUUGUCCAUACUGUGAAAGUCAUUGGGGUCCAAAAUUUGGACCCCAUUGACUUACAUUAUGUGGACGAAAUUUUUGAGAUUUCCGCCUGCCCGAUAUAUCGGUCUAUCACUAGCUAUUUCAGCGUUGUCAAAAUAGUCAUUGGCGUGCAACAUUGUCGACUUGAAGACAAAGCGGGAGUUGACUUCCUCAUUGUUUUGCGUCCUUAUUUCUUUUUAUAAUGUUUUCUUGCUCAAGUAUGUGCUCAAGGAAAAAUCAACCUCACCUAAGCGUUAGUCAGAAUGCUGUUUAAUAGACUAUGGUGUAUAAUAAUAUUAAAAAAAAAGUUUAAAUGGUCUCUCUGUCCAAUUAACAUGAGGACAUUUUAUUGAAAUAGGAUAUUGACCAUUAAUUGUUAACCAGCACUGAGGGUUUUUUUGUUGUAAUUAAUAGUCAAUGUUAAUGUUACUUGUUUUAUUGGCCGUUUUGUGUUUUGAUAUCUUUACGACUGUUUAUCGAUGAUGGUUUUAUUAUGAUUUCCUAAUCCUGAGCAUUUGGAUACUCUUCAGAACAGUAUGAUGGUGCUCUCCUACACUUUAAACAAGGAAAAUGCAGCUAUGAAAUUCAUGCGCCUUACAUUGUGAGGGGUUAACAUUUAAUAAACGUCAUUGCAAGCUUUGCUUUGUGACGUCUCAUUUGAACUCUUGUCCAGAUGCUGUCUCCUGUUAGGGUGGAAAUUAAGCUCUUCUCGAAAUCGAUGUUAAGCUAUUUAAAAGGAUAACAGAUCGUAAUUCUUGAUGUUGCUUUUUCUCAGGUACGUGUUUAAGGUUGUGCGUUGCAAAAGGCAACUCGAGUCCUUUCGCAUGUUAUAAAUAGAUUUACAAAUAUGUUGGGAUUAUGUAAAUUUAGAUGUCUAAAUAUGUAAAUUCAUAUAGGUUGGUCUAGUUUCUCAGGAGCAUCAGUUCUGGCUUUAAUAGUUUUGCAUAUUAAAAGGGAAUGUUGAAAAUAUUGGCUAGCUGAUAGAUAUAAAUGAAGAUGAAUUUGCUUUACUGUACAUUACCUGUUAUAGAAUUUUAAUACACCAUCUCAAAUGUCGUAAUUUGCCCUUUUUAAGUUAUUAGAAUGAAUUUGAAAGAUAUGCGUUCCUAUUUUCAAUUAAUCACAAUCUUAUUAAUCUAAUGAUUUUAGUUGAUAAGGUUUUAAAUCUCAGCUUUUUGUUAAUAGUGUUUCCAAUAAAAGCUCAGUUUGAUCCAUUUUUUUUGUUUUCAUUGCCUUACUUGCAUAAUGUACAAAGAUUAAUGUCCAGCUGGCAACGGUAAUUUAGCAAUAAAACAAUUACAA